GCUACAAGCAGCAUGUCAAGGAGACUGAUGACGAGAGAAUAGGGCAGAUUAUAAAGAGGGCUUACGAAGACGCCGAUUGGAUUUUGAAAAAAUAUUUGUCGAAGUAAAUAAGUAAAGAUAAUGUUGGUCCCGCUGGUGAUGAGUUAUGGCACCAUCGAGGUGAAGAACUUCUGGAACGCAAUAUACGUGUACUUCAAUAGGCCGCAUCUAGUUAAUCGUAAAUUGGUCAGCAUAAGCCACGUGUAUUUGUAUUCAGUGGAAUACAACAGCGCGAGCAAUCGUUUAAGAGAUGUGAUCAAUUACGCUUCGCUGAUGGACGAGACGUCGAAGGUGGAAACGCUUUCCAAAGAGAACUUAUCGAAUCUGGUGGAUAACAUGCUGAGACCUUACGACAAAGAUUGCAAGUUGACGGAGGUGAGUUUCGAGGAGAUGAAGGAAUCUUUGAGCGGAGUUUUCAUCUCGUUGAGAAUUCUGUAUCCGUCGAACGCGAAGAGCAACAAUUGCGUGGAAAUCGCGCUUUUUGAUAAGAAUAAGUCUACGGCGACGUUUCUGGCCGCGACUUCGAAAGAUAAAUUCACUUUAGUUGCGCCGCCGUUUCCGUACACGUUCGAGCAUGAUCGGAGCGGUCAUUUGAAGCUCGUGAUACAUUUGGACGAGGCGAGUACCCCGAGCGCUGGUUGGUUGGAUAACAAGGUGUUCAACAAGAUAUUGAAAUGGGCGGAGGAGUAUGAUGAAAGUAAAGAUCCGCAAGAGUCUCUUUGUUUGAUCUCCACCGAAUUGUACUGCAGCAAGUACAGGGAGUUGAAGGAAAAGUACGGACAACGCAUGGUGGCUAUGUGGCAAGAGAACACGGAUCCUCUGAAGUUUGUCUACGAAGACGUAGCUAUAGCGACUUACUUGAUUUGCCUGUGGCACAAGAUCGAUGCGGAGAGUAAACCGAGCUUCGUGGAUUUGGGAUGCGGGAACGGAUUGCUGGUGUACAUUUUGAAUCAGGAGGGUUUUCCGGGCAGCGGAAUCGACGUGAGGAAGAGGAAAAUCUGGGAUCAGUACCCGGAGCAGGUGCAACUGGAGGUGAAGACUAUAAUACCUUCGGAGUCUUCGCUCUUCCCUGAAGCGGAUUGGAUCAUCGGCAAUCAUUCGGACGAGUUGACCCCUUGGAUACCGGUGAUAGCGGCGCGUAGUUCGAGAUCGACGAAUUUCUUCGUUCUGCCGUGCUGCUGCUACCAGUUCAACGGUCGCAAGUACAUAAGAAAGAACACGGGCGUCAGUCAGUACAAUGAGUAUUUGGGGUACGUGGAGGAGGUUUCGAAGACGUGCGGGUUCGUCGUUGGCGUGGAUAAGCUGAGGAUACCGUCGACGAAGAGGACGUGCAUCGUGAGCUUCAAACGGAACGAGGAGCAGGAUUACGAUGAAAUCGACGCCGAUAUCAGCAAAUUGAUAGAUCAGAGCGGCGGCGGCGGAUGCUGGGUGAAGGAUUUCCAAGCGCGAGAGAAAGUGGAGAGGGUGAGGAAUUGCACGCAGGUGGAUCGAACGAUCGUCACGAGAUUGGUGAACCUCGUUGCCGGAGUACUGCUGAAGUACAAGAAUCAUUCGUUCAAGAGGGACGGUAAAGUUUGGAACGCUGGCAUACAAAUGCCGAUCUCGGAUUUGGCGGAGAAAUUGGAUCCGAACGAUUUGAAACUGCUGAAGAAGGAAUGCGGUGGAUUGCAGACGCUCAUGAAGAAUCACCGGUACAUAUUCGACGUUCGGCACGGCGGUGUUCGGGUCAGAGAACCGAUGCUCUACAAGGACGUGCAGAAGUACAAGGAGAAACCUUGCUGGUUCUUCAGGAACCAUCCGCACGGUUGCUUGCACUACGACGAAUGCGCCUACAAACAUUAAAUUAGUUCAAUUACUGUACUAUAAGAAUAUAUAUAUAUCGUAUUUUUUG